CCCACUCCUCCUCGUAAGCUUAUUGCGAGAAACUAGGGUUUACAGAGAAAAUACACGAGCAUAGAGAUGUGUGGAAUAGCACUGAUUGUCUGUGGAAUUAAGAUCGACUUAUCACUUUUGAUCCCAAAUUUAACAUCUACGUGCCCUCAAUUUUCGCAGAACUGCCCUUUGUUUUCAGAGGAUGACAUAAAAGCAACUCUGCAAAGGAGGGGCCCCGACAGCUUAGGAACGAGAAAUAUUUUACUUCAUCCCAAAAUUGGAAAAGAUUGCAGUACUUUAUCUUCUUCUGUUGAGAAUGAAGGGUCAGCAGAAGAUGGAUUUGGGAGUGAAGUUUUUGGGAAAUUGCAAUUUAUUGGUGCAACAUUGCAACUUAGAGGAGUGAAUCCUGUUGUUCAGCCGUUGGUUGAUGCAUCUUGCAAUGUCCUAAUUUUUAAUGGUGAAAUAUUUGGAGGAAUUCAUCUCAGCAGUGACAGCAACGACACGGAGGUUCUUAUGCAAUCUAUGGAACAGUGCUGUUCUUGUGUUUCCCAUGAAAAUAAUAGAUAUUCUUGCCCUUCUGGAGGAAGAAUAAAUUCUGUUCCAGAACUUCUUUCACAAGUCAAGGGGCCAUGGGCUUUGGUUUAUUGGCAGGAUAGUUCAAAAACCUUGUGGUUUGGACGAGAUGCGUUUGGGAGGCGGAGUCUUCUAGUACAUUGGCCAACACCAGAUGAUUCUAGGCUUUUGCUAUCUUCUGUGUCAUCAUGUCCUUCCUCGCACCAGAGUUAUGAUUUUGACGAUGAAGGAAUGCUUGACUUUAAUUUCUGGGAAGAGCUGUCAUGUGGUGUAUACAGUGUCUCUGUAGGCUCCCCAGACAUGGAUGAAUAUCUGAUUGGCAAAGUUCAGAAACAUGAGUGGACUGAUUCUGAGCUAAAAGAACUUAUCACAUGGGAGAGAACUGCUAUACAACCCAAACUUGAGGAUUCAAGUGCUUCCUUUGGAAAAGUAUCCAUCAGCCAAAAUGACAGGCUUUCAUCUCUUUCGUCUGAAUUAGGGUCUUUACAAAUUACGCCUUUGCCUACGUCUCAGAAAGUGCUGAUUGCUCUGAGAGAAUCUGUAAUGCGACGCACCUCCUUAUAUAAAAUAUUCAAGGCUUUUCCAAUCGACCAUAGACAAGAGAGAUAUGCUCCAGUGGCAGUUCUUUUUUCUGGGGGUUUGGAUUCUAUGAUUAUUGCAGCAUUACUGCAUCAGUGCAUUGAUCCUGAAUAUGAAAUUGAUCUGCUUAAUGUAAGCUUUGAUGGCGAGUCUGCUCCUGAUAGAAUCUCAGCCAGGGCAGGAUUGAAAGAACUUCAAAAGAAUGCACCAUUAAGGAGAUGGAACCUCGUAGAGAUUGAUGCUGAUUUACUGAAGUUGACCUGUGAGACCAAGCGUGUCAUGUCACUUAUAACUCCAGCAAAAACCUACAUGGUACAGUUCUUACCUGAAAAAUAUGUUUAAGCAUUACUUUCUGUGCUCUGAGA